CCGAUGUGAAUUAGUGAGCAGGACCGGUGUGUGUCUACAUCUGUUUCUUUCUCUGUAUGGAUGAGAUGAGCUCUUGCAGCAGCAGGGCUCUGACUCUGCUCUCCACAGUGUUUGGGGCGUGCGGACUGCUGUUGGUGGGGGUUGCCGUGGCGACGGAUUAUUGGCUGCUGAUGGAGGAGGGAAUCGUACUGCAGGAUAAAAAAAAAAUCAUCAUCUUUUUUCAGCAUAGAUAUAUUACAUUGGUCAAAAUUAAGAAAUAUUUACACUGUUUAAACUGUCUCACUGUUUUAGGUACAGAGAAAGGUAGAUGUGUGGCCUCUGAGUAUUUCACAGAGCCAGAGAUUGAAAUCACCACAGAAAACACUGCAAAUAUCCUCAAGAUGGUGCGGACAGCUACCCCCUUCCCUAUGGUGUCCCUGCUCUUCGUUUUCAUGGCCUUCAUCAUCAGUAACGUGGGCCACAUCCGUCCGCAGCGCACCAUCCUGGCCUUCGUUUCUGGAAUCUUCUUCAUCCUCUCAGGGUUGAGUCUGGUGGUGGGGUUGGUGCUGUAUAUCUCCAGUAUCAAUGAUGAAGUAAUGAACAGGCCGCGGGAGCCAGAGCAGUUCUUCAACUACCGCUACGGCUGGUCCUUUGCAUUUGCUGCCAGCUCCUUCCUGCUCAAAGAGGGUGCUGGUGUGAUGUCAGUGUAUCUCUUUAUGAAGCGUUACGCUGAAGAGGAGAUGUAUCGGCCUCACCCGGCUCUCUAUCGCCCCCGCCUUUCUGAGGGCAGCAACUACAGCGGCCAGUACCUGCACCCAGAGACCUGGCCUCCCCCCCAGCGCGCUCGGAGCACCUCCGAGAUCUCCAGCGACAUCUCCAUCCAGCUCACGCACAACCCCCAGCCCCCACUGAAGAUCAGCGGCCAGCAGAGCACAUCAUCUCCGGGAAUCACCGCUGCGUCCAUCCCCACCUCUGGAGCUGGAUACCAGCUGCAAUCACCAGGUUCUGCAGCUCCAUUCCCCCACAACCAUCCCCUCCACCCUGGGGCGCACAGGGCAGCUGCAGCAUCCCAGACCCUGCCUCUGUCUGCGGCGCCCGCUGCAGUGCCGCCCCCGCACUAUCACACACAUAUGCGCAUGAGCGCCUCACCAUGCUAAACGCAGACAGAAGAGAAAGUUUACAGGGUGUUUGUUUUUACUGAGAUAAUUCAUAAACAAUGAGAAACAGAAAUAUGAUGUAAGGCAAGAUGUAGUUUUUUAUAUGAGAAAAGGAAGUUACUGUUUGUAACAAAAGGCCUCUUUCUAAGACUGAAUGUUGUGAAAUUGUAGCAUAUUAAACUGCAAUGGAUCGAAUGAGGGUUCAUGCAGAACACUUGACAAUCGCACACAACAGAACUGACAAUUCAUGUAUUUAGACAUACACAUUAGAGCACAUAAGAGAACUAUUGCCUUCUAUAGGUGAUAGAAAAAUAUAUAUAUAUAUAUUACUGAACUUAAGUUAAUAAGAGUUUCUCAUCAUGGAAUCUGUGAAUUGUUAGUUUUAGUAUUAAUAUUAUCAUUAAAUGCUAAAGUGGGAAUUACUUGUUACUGAACAAAUUUUAAAUGAUGAACAUAUUGCUUUUUUUUUCAAAGAGUUGAGAAAUAUUGAAUAUUUCUUGUAUAAAUACUGUGUACUGUUGUGUUUUGGCUGUGAUUUGGUUCACUGCCUUUCUGCAGAAUGUUGACAAAUUUUA